GCCGCUUCCGGGCCCCCGUUCCUUGGUAACAAUGGAGCAGAAAAUGGCCGCCUGAGAAGGGAGGGAGGGCGACGUUGCGGCUGUUCGGGGACGGACGGAACGGGGCGAGCUGGGACUGAGCCCGCUGAGGAGCGGGGAGAGCAGCGGAACGAGCGCUGGGGAGGCGGCGGCGGGCGGUGGCGGCGGGCGGUACUCUUCCACUCAUCAAGAUGGAAAGCUCUGAUUCCAGUGAUAAAGGGAAUAUCGAUCAAUCGGAAGCACAGCGUCAGAGGCAGCUGGAUCGGUUAGAUCGAGAAGAAGCUUUCUAUCAGUUUGUAAACAACCUGAGUGAAGAGGACUACAGACUUAUGAGAGACAACAAUUUGCUAGGAACACCAGGUGAAAUUACUGAAGAAGAGUUGCUGAGAAGGCUACACCAAGUUAAAGAAGGUCCGCCACAGCAAAACAGUGAUGAGAAUAGAGGUGCAGAGUCCGCGGAAGAUGUUUCAAAUGGAGAUUCUAUAAUAGACUGGCUUAAUUCAGUCCGACAGACUGGAAAUACAACACGAAGUGGGCAACGAGGAAACCAGUCUUGGAGAGCAGUGAGCCGGACUAACCCCAAUAGUGGUGACUUCAGAUUCAGUUUGGAAAUAAAUGUCAACCGUAAUAAUGGGAACACAAAUCCAGAAACUGAGAAUGAGCCAUCUGUAGAGCCUUCCAGUGGGGAGGAUUUGGAAAACAGCCAAAGUGACUCUGAAAUUCCAAGGUCCGAAUCACCAUCUGUAAGGCAGCCUGGAUCAGAAAGGAGCACUUCAGAGGAGCUAACAACUGAGGAAGCUUCUCCUCCUAGAGGGCAGAGGAGAGCAAGAAGUAGGAGUCCAGAACAGCGGAGAACGCGGGCUAGGACUGAUAGAAGUAGGUCACCUAUUAAUCCAGUUAGUGAGACUCCUCGCAGGUCUCAUCACAAUACAUCAUCUCAAACACUUGACCACUCCUCAGUGAAUGAAGUCGAGGGAAGCUCUAGAACUAGGCAGCAUGUGACUUUAAGGCAGCAUACAGUGGGGACUGAGAUGCCAAGUGAAAAUGCAGUUCUGUUUUCAACCCCUGAAACAAGACCUGUUCCUCAAGCAGCAGGCUCUUCAGAAACUAACGGUACCAGUGAGUCUGCAGCUCCUGGGCAGAGGCCUCCUACCAUAGUGCUUGAUCUUCAGGUCAGAAGAGUUCGUCCUGGAGAGUAUCGGCAAAGAGACAGCAUAGCCAACAGAACUCGGUCCAGGUCCCAGACACCCAACAACACCGUCACCUACGAAAGUGAACGGGGAGGGUUUAGGCGCACGUUUUCACGUUCAGAAAGGGCUGGAGUGAGAACUUACGUCAGUACCAUUAGGAUUCCAAUCCGUAGGAUCUUAAAUACAGGCUUGAGCGAGACUACAUCAGUUGCUAUUCAAACUAUGCUAAGGCAGAUAAUGACAGGCUUCGGAGAGUUGAGUUAUUUUAUGUAUAGUGAUAGUGAUGCAGACCCUAGUGGCCCAACUCCAAAUCAGAAUGUGGAUGCUUCUGAGCCACAGAAUGGAGGUGGUGGUACUUCAGGCAAUGAAAGUACAGAUGUUAGCUCAGGAGAGGUGUAUGAAGGUGGCAAUGAAGGUGGUUCAACAUCUGGUGCCAGGCGGGAAGGUCGGAAUACAAGGGGUUCAGUCACAUUUGAAGAAAGUGGUUCUUUACCAUUCCUUAGCCUAGCACAGUUUUUCCUACUAAAUGAAGAUGACGAUGACCAACCAAGAGGACUCACCAAAGAACAAAUUGACAACCUAGCAAUGAGGAAUUUUGGUGAGAGCGAUGCUCUGAAAACCUGUAGUGUGUGUAUUACCGAGUACACGGAAGGCAACAAGCUCCGGAAGCUGCCUUGUUCGCAUGAGUAUCACGUCCACUGCAUUGAUCGCUGGUUAUCAGAGAAUUCCACUUGUCCCAUUUGUCGCAGAGCAGUCUUAGCUUCCGGUAACAGAGAGAGUGUUGUCUAAAUGAGAUCUGGAUUUAUGGCCAAGCAGCUAGUGUGAUAGUGAUGGGCAAAGAAGUCACUUCCUUUAUGGCCACUUUUUGAGUGGUACCUCAGUGUAUAAUAAUGACUUGGAGUGAAUCUUCCCUCAUGAAAGCAUUUUCUCUGGAUUCAAGCUUUUAAAAUUGGAAAGUUUCUUUAAUUAGAGUUUUCGAGAUUUAGUCAGUUUGGGUGUUAAAUUUCACUUGUCCAAAGACAUCUACUCACUUUUUUUUUCUUUGUGAAGAGUAUUAAGUUCUUUCUCCCACCCAGCCCCUGCCAUCCCAGUCCAAUAAACAUUAUGUCCUCUAGAUUGUGCUUAUGAGGAGUUCUUUGAGAAGUCAUCCCAGCUAAAUGUACUUGAGUCAAGGAGGAGUUUUUGCAAGAAAUCCAACUAUCUGAAAGAAUGUGAACUUAAUUGCACACUUGAACCUACUUUUAAGUUUCAUCCUGGGUUGAUAUUGGACAUGUCUGUAAAUAACACUAAUGUUAGUUAGCCCUUUCCCCAUCACUAUGACACGCUGUAGGAUGAGCUGUUAGCUUAACUGGGAUAUUUAUCUUGUUGUGGAAAUAUAAGAAUUGCCUAUGCUUGUUUAAAUAAAGAAGAAAAAAAAAUCUGUUUUAAAAUUGUAAAGCUUUUUUGUAGAAGCUCAGUACUUUUCCAAUGCACUGUUGUACUAACGCAUUAAGAAUUAAAAUUGUACCAUGCUUAGAAAUCAAGAAUGCUUUUCAUACAGAACCCACCACACAGAGAGCAAACUAAAUACAAGAGAGCUGCUUUUGUAACUGUGUACCUGUCAAGAGCAGUGCAUAUCUGUACUAUUUAUGUGAACAGCUACUGUAAUAUAAACCCAGUUGAAUUAGACAUCUUAAUUGCAUUAAAAAAAAAUGGAAAUUAAAUGUUAUAAUUGCAGUGUUUUGGCUUGGUAAUGCCACCAAGAA